AUGGUGGGGCCCAAGGGCAGAGUCGCCCUCGGCCCUCCGGCUGUCUGUGAGCUGUCAAGGGUGGCGUGGACAACCUCUCCAGGGGGGUCUUCAGUCCACCUCAUUUAUCUAUUUGUACUUUUUUAUUAUAUAAAAUGUAUUUUUAAUUUCACGUAUUAUGGGUAUUUGAAAGUCUAGCAGGUUCAGAAUCGCAAAGCAUCUCCUUCUCCCUCCAUCCCUCUCUCUCUCUCUCUCUCUCUCUCUCUCUCUCUCUCUCUCUCUCAAUAUAUAUAUCUCUCUCCGUCUCCGGCGGGUAUGGUCCAGCUCCGGCGAGCUCUCUGGUCAGUUCCCGGCCCCAUUGCUUUCCGAAGCAAUCGAAGACCGACAAGCGAAUGAACAGAGGUUACUAUUGGGCCUAGCCGCCGGCCUACCACUCUCUCUCUCUCUCUCUCUCUACGCCAUUUUUCUUCAAAGAGUCGAGGCACAAGUUUCCACGCGCUUUCUGUUCAGACUUGCAAGGUGGGUUGCAGCGGCGGGCCCUACAGAGAAGACGGGGAGGAGGGUAAGGAAACAAGGCGGCGGAGGGGCGGCGGAGAUGAUGCCGAUGACGGAGUUUGCAGAGCAGAAGCGGGCCGGUGGGUUUCUCGCCGGUGACAAGAGACUCAAGACCAGCUGUGGCGGAAGAGGAGUCUCCGUCAAGGUGCUCUCUCUCUCUCUCUCUCUCUAGCUCUAACCAGAGGAAACAGCGAUUCCUCCCUGAGGAACCCUACCGGAGGAGUGGGCUCACGGCGGCGGCGAUUGCGUGGUUUCAGGAGAAGGACAGGUUCGGGAAACGGGUGGCAGCGCUCCAGCAGCUCGUGUCCCCAUUCGGGAAGGUAAGUAACAAACACUUCCGACUACACUGCUGCUGCUGCCGCCCUUCUUUCGCCUUCCUCAGUAACUAACCCUCCCCACCCACCGCCAUCGCAGACAGAUACAGCGUCCGUCCUCCACGAAGCAACCUCCUACAUCAGGUUCCUCCACGAGCAACUUCAGGUCCAGACCUCCCUCCUCUCUCUCUCUCUCUCUCUCUCUCUCUCUCUCUCAUGGCGACUUCUACUCCUCUGCAGGUUCUGAGCAAGCCAUAUCUCCUGAGCAAAGCUCCCGCGGGCGAGGCCCAGGUGAGAGAAUACGAUAUUAGCGAGAGAGAGAGAGGUACUGAGCAAGAAAAAAAACUAAGGCAUUUUCCUUUCGUCCACCUGUGUCUGAGGGCAGCAGCAACAACAGGAGGGCCACAGCCUGAGGAGCCGCGGUCUGUGCCUGGUGCCGGUGGCGCGCACCCUCGCCAUCGCCCGCAGCAACGGCGCCGACAUCUGGGCCCCACCUGGCGCCGCCUAG